AUGUCACAGGGAAGUCUAUCAGUGUCAUCAACAGCCUCCUGGACCCAUCCAGCAAGGCAUCUCCUAGCGCAGUGCUGUGAGAUACUGAGCCGAUUUGAGGAGGGCAUUCGAGCGUUGGUCCUAAGCUACGACGAUGAGGAGGGUACUCUGCCGUUAGUCAUCGCCAAUGGGGCUGCCGGAGCCUUCCUGCUCGGUCAGCUUUAUGAAAAGAACGCUCAGUAUCAUUUAGCUCUUCCCGCAUACGAGAAGAGCCUGGAGGCCGGACCGGUGAUGUUUGCAGCAUACGAGCGCAUCAUCUCCUUGAGACGCCGAGGAGUUGGUGCUGAUUCGAAAGGCACAGCUGAGGUCUUUCUUGAGCCCGAGACAUGCUUUGGCGUUGAUAGACUGAAUAGCUGGUAUACCUCGGCAUCCACUUCAAAUACGAUGAUAGCAACGGCUGAUAGCCUCAUCAGUGACCAGCGUAUAGCCCGAAGGCCGCCGCCGCCGCCUAACCAGGCCUCCUCCGAGACCAUUACGGUAUCUCACAACAACUCCUCUAUGAUCCCUUCUACGGUAAGCAUGAGGGGUCUACAGUCUACACGGAAGGGGGCGGAGGAAGAACAGGAGAUGAAGUCUCCUGCUACUUGCGUUAAGAGCUUCGCUUACCUCUACAAGGCAACGGCUCAUCUUGACUUGCCAUCAGCGCGGAUGGUAACCAGUGAUAGGAUGACUCCAGGUCAACGCGACUCUAGGUACACCACUUUGAGACUGGCAGAAGCAGCAUUUGAUCGUGGAGAAUACGAGGAAGCUGAGGCCUUCUUCGAUGCAUUGUUCACGACAUAUCCCUUCGCUAUAGAAGGUGUGGGCAAGUAUAGUACACUGUUGUGGCAUGAGAAAAGGAAGAGAGCACUGGUUGACCUCUCUAGACGGGUAUUGACGUUUGGUAGGCUUCGAUCAGAGUCAUGGAUCUGUGCGGCUAAUGCGGACUCUAUCAACUUGGACCAUGCGGAGGCUAGACAGAAGCUCGAGAAGGCGAGACUGUUGAAUCCUUGCGAUGCCAAUGUAUGUUGCCUCAUUGGACACGAGUAA